CGUUUAACUGUUAACUAAACAGGGUUUCUAGAUUAGAUGAAGGGUACCAGCAUCUCUGUGCUGUACAGGAGUCAAUGCUUCAAUUAAAAAAAAAAAUCUAUCUAAAUCAUGCUGCUUUUCCUCACAACCAUGGCAUCCGUUUGGCUUCUGACAGUGCCUUCCUUGCUAUCCCCAGGACAGAUGCCACUUUCAGCAUGCAAGAAAUUUCCAUCUCCCACAAAUGGAUUUUUGUAUUGUCGAGCUGAUUACUGCAUUAUUCGUUGCAAAGAUGGUUUCCAGUUUGACAGUGAACCGGCAAAUGGCUAUUUGUGCCAUCCAACGGGAAUGUGGACUGCAGUGCCUCCAGAAGAAAGUGUUCCUUGGCCUAACUGCACAUUGAAAGAUAAUCUGAAAAAGUCUCCUGAGAUCUACACAGCUCAUGUAGAGGGACGUGGAGCUACAGCUAUGAAAAUUAAACGACCAAAGAAAUCAAAACAACCAGAUACGAUUCCUCCAACCAUAACAAAUUGCCCAUGGGACAUCACCAUAACCACAGAGACUGAUCCAGUACAGGUCAGCUGGGAACAACCUGAAAUUAGCGACAACAGUGGGGUGUUUACUUCAGUAGCUUCAAUAUCCAGUGGCUCCUGUUUCCGGUAUGGAACUCAUCAAGUGCAAUACACCGCCCAUGAUGAAGCAGGAAAUGAAGCCUCCUGCCAAUUUAAAGUUACCAUCAAAAAGCCAGAUCUUUCGUGCACUGCCCAACCUCCCACUGAUGGGUCUUUGGCUUGUGGAACGUUAUCUUAUCCUGGCAGUGGAAAGAACAAAUGGCAGUUUUGUGUACCAUUCUGCAUGAAGAGCACUGGUUUCCAUCGGAGAGCAGGGUCAGUGUUUUUCUGCCAGCCUUCUAAGUCUGGGACAAGUUGGUUUCAUUUGGAUGAAGCCUGGCAAAUGACAAAGGCUCACAUGCCAGAGACUUGCACAGUCAGGCGUCGUAUGGGGUCCAGAAAAGGAGAUUCACUACAGUACUAUGAGGGUGACUGCAAUGAACAGGCCGUGAAAAAACAAAUCCUAGCAACUGUGGAACACAUUGUAGCCAAAGAUCCCUCUGUUGUUUCCCAGUGCACCAGGCACCCAAACACCUGUGGCAAUUUCAGAAUUUCAGAUCUUUCUGUUCAUUGUGGGCCUGGAAACAACCAAAGAGAUACUGAACCACCUGUAGUGAUCUCCUGUCCUCAGAACAUUGAGAUAGAAACCAAAAAAGGAAAUCCCUACUGGAAUGACCUGCCUGAAUUGUCUUGGAAGGAGCCUGUGUUUGAAGACAACUCCAGGGGUCCACUGACAAUCACAAAAGGAGGGUCCAAUGUGAAUAAUGGAGACAAACUGGCAUAUGGCCAAUAUUCAGUGGAAUAUAUAGCAACAGAUCUUUCAGGAAACCAAGCCAAAUGUUCCUUUGAGAUCUCUGUGAAAUCACAGUAUCUUUUCACUGAAGCCUAUAUGUCAGCUAUAUGUAAAGAAUUGCUUCCUUCAAUGGCUCCAGCAAUUGCAUGCACAAUGGAAUUGCCAGAGCAUGGAGCUAUAGUCUGUGGCUAUCCUUCGGUGGACGGCAUGGACCUCAUGACCAUUGACUGUAUUGUAUUGUGUCAAAGCAAAUACCAGUUUAGCAGGGAUCCAUAUCCAAUAUAUGCAUGCUCAGAGGAGGGACUUUGGUGGACCUUCACAAGCACAUUCACGCCUAUUGGCCCAAAUUUGCCAAGUUUAAACCAUAAGUGCCAAGAACCAGAUAUCCAUAAAAAGCCAAAAGUUGUUGAUCAGAAUUUUUACUUUGAUGGUGACUGCCAUGACAGAGCAGUGCAAGACAUGCUGAUAGGACACUUGGAAUAUUUUCAGAGGAAAACUUCAGCAUAUCAGUACUGUGAAUUAAACAGAGAGUUCUGCAGAAAGUGGAAUGGCUACCGCAAUGUAACGGUGUUCUGUGGAAGUACGUGAGAUGGAAUGACUGUAUUGUUAUGGGUUUUUUUAAGAAUGUAUUUGCAUGCAUGUAUGAGAACUACAUAUUAUCCAAGUGUUCAGACUGUUCCUUGAAAGAAGUUAGUGCUGUAACCUUAUUUCCUCUUAUAAAAUAAAAUUAGGGUAAUAAUAUAA